UGUGUUCACAUUGUUUUCAUCGCACAAACGGGGUUUAGGAGUCCGGUUUUCUUGUAAAUGUUAGAGGAGAAAACACACGAGUCAACGGCUCCUGGAGGCACACAGACGCUGAACUGGCCGGUUGAGUCUGUACGGUCCUCGUAUGUUGUAUAAGAAUGCAGCGCCGAGCUCGGUCGCUUCUCAUUCCUGACCUAUUACAGAUUUUGUUACUGUCCUCAUCCGAAAAGAAAAUGGCAGAAACCGCUCCAGCUGCUGCCGCUCCGCCGGCCAAAGCGCCCAAGAAGAAAUCUGCUGUUAAAGCCAAGAAGUCGGGCCCAAGCGUGGGCGAACUCGUCGUCAAAGCUGUGUCGGCUUCCAAGGAGAGGAGCGGCGUGUCUCUCGCCGCCCUGAAGAAAGCUCUCGCUGCCGGCGGCUACGACGUGGAUAAGAACAACUCCCGCGUCAAGAUCGCUAUCAAGAGUCUGGUGACUAAAGGCACUCUGGUCCAGACCAAAGGAACCGGCGCUUCAGGAUCCUUCAAACUCAACAAAAAACAAGACGAGACAAAGAAGCCGGCGACGAAAGCCGCUCCUAAAGCAAAGAAGGCCGCAGCCAAGAAGCCCGCUGCUGCUGCCAAGAAGCCGAAGACUGCAGCGGCAAAGAAGACCGCCGGAAAGAAAUCUCCCAAGAAGGCCAAGAAACCUGCCGCCGCUAAAAAGGCAACGAAGAGCCCCAAGAAAGCGAAGAAGUCAGUGGCCCCCAAGAAAGCAGCCAAGAGUCCAAACAAAGCUGCCAAAAGCCCAAAGAAGGUCAAGGCGGCCAAACCCAAGACGACAAAGCCUAAAGCAGCUAAGCCUAAAAAGGCCGCCCCGAAAAAGAAGUAA